AUGCGCAUGGCGGACGCGGGAAUGAUCGCAGGAGCCGAAACUCUGGAAGUCGUGGUCGGGCUCAGGAUACCGGCCGCAACCGUCAAAGGACGUUGCAGAUACUGCCGUAACAGCACCGAGCACGGGUGGGACGAAUGCCCGCUCCGCCGGAGGCACGAGGCGGAGGACAACAACACAGGACAGGUGCACAACACGCAAGACUCCACCACGCAGGCUUGGUACACGCGGGUGGAGGCGGCGGACGAUGAGCUUGAAGAUUUCGCCAUCGUCUUCGAUAACGACAAGCAGGAGCUGAACGCCCCUGCUGUGGCGUUGCCGAGGGAGCGCGCUGCUGCUGGUGACCAGGAGCAAGACGCGGCUGCACCGGCGCUGCCGGACGGAGUCGAAUUCGCGGAGCCUGCGGCAGCGACGGACCUCGAUAUCACUACCCCUCCUGACUCUCCGGCCGAGAAAGUGACAGAGCUGGUAAGGUGCACUAGCGUGUUUCAGGUGGAACAAGCUCUUCUGACAGGGGGUGUACUCGGAAACGUCGGGACGGGCAACCCUGGAGAAAUAGGUUCCAGGUCUCCCGACCCGACCAACCAAGACGACGCAACACGUGGACCAGAUGCUGACCACUGGAGGGAGAGUAUGCGCGAAGAAAAUCGUUCGCUCACGGAACUCGGCGUAUACGAUUGGGUGAAACGGCCGGCGGACGGUGAUAUACUUCCGUCAAGAUACCUGUACAAACGGAAGUAUGCAGCACACGGAGAACUAGCUAUACUGAAGAGUCGUAUCGUGGUCCAAGGCUUCCAUCAAGAAGACACGGGGGAAGACAAGGCAUCAUCAGUGGCGACAUUGGAGGCGGUACAUCUAGUAGUCGCCGUCGCUGCUCAGAAUGGCCUUGUUCUAAAACAGGCUGACAUCAAGACAGCGUUCCUACAUGCCAGGAUCCCCGCUAACGCAGACCCGAUUUAUGUUCGUCCUCCGAAGGGUUUCGAAUGCUCUCCAGAACAAGCACGGCAGGUUUGGCGGCUAAAGGCAUGGCUCUACGGAUUGCGUCUCUCCCCGAAAGGAUGGUGCAGCACCUCCCACGACUUCCUGAUUGAGAAAGGGUUCGUACAGAGUAAAGCAGACCCCUGUCACUACAUUCUCGAAGCGGAAGGAGUUAUCCUUUUCGUGUACGUUGACGACAUUCUGCUGUCGGGGAAGGACGAGGAUAAGGUCAUGAUGGUCGUUGAUCUGCUGAAGGAACGGUUCAGCACGGUGUUCUUGGAGGAUGCUCAGCACCUGCUUGGUAUGAAGCUCGAAAGGAACGUCGACGCCGGUACCAUAUUCCUUUCUCAAGAGACGUACGCAAAGACCGUGCUCAACCAGUUGGGAAUGACCGAAUCGCGCCCGGUGAAGACACCGGCGGAACCUGGACCUAUCAGCAUCGAGGAGGAGAAGGUUUUAUUUCCAGAGGACACCAAAUACUACCGGUCCGCCACGGGUAGCCUUCUGUAUCUCAGCAGGGGCUCAAGACCGAACAUAACACACUCGGUGAUGAUGCUCGCGAAGAGUAUGGCGAAGCCAGGUCCCAGAGCGAUGACAAAGCUGAAGCGGGUACUCCGGUAUCCAAAAGGAACGACCUCUAUCGGAAUCACAUACACCGAAGACGCCGACGGCGGAGAUAAAGUCACGGCGUACGUGGACCCUGAUUUUGCAGGUGACCAAGACAAAGGCUACUCCACAACCGGUGCCGUUCUCUAUCUCGCAGGUGCCCCAGUGGACUGGAUAUCCAAGAAGCAAACGGUGCUGGCCAUCUCCACGUUUGAGGCUGAAGCCUUUGCCCUGUCCAAGGCGUGCAAUAUUGUCAUCCACUUUCUGGACUGGAUAUCCAAGAAGCAAACGGUGCUGGCCAUCUCCACGUUUGAGGCUGAAGCCUUUGCCCUGUCCAAGGCGUGCAAUAUUGUCAUCCACUUUCGUAAUUUGCUGAAGUCGCUGAACAUGAAGCAGGAGCAGCCCACGAUAGUGUUUGAGGACAACACAAGCGCUAUAGCGUUUGCUAAGGGCGCCAAACUCACGCCCCGUACUAAACAUAUCGACGUCAAGUAUCACCACGUCCGGUACUAA